CAAAGAUUGUUUUUCUACACUUUCCUAUUCAAGCUCUGUAAGGACAUAAUGGUUAGAAAUUGACCAUUUUGGUUUUCGUGUCCGUUUCAAUUUUUCCAAUCUCUGUCUCCGUUCUCACCCACUCCCGACUCCAAACCCAAAAAUAGCGCAACAACAAUCCAAAAGACCCCAAAAGCAAAGUAGUGAACCAAGGAGCAAAGGCAGCAAAGCAUUUCUUUCCAUUACUAUUUUCCAACAACUUUCCCUUCUACUCCAGGAAAUUGAAACUCCAAUAUUACAAGCAAACUAUAUAUCACCAGAAGCAGCGGCAGCAGCUCUUGAUUUCUCUUGAAACCUGCUAAAAAAUCCAACUUUAGAUCAUGGAAGAAUCUGAGACAUACCCAAAAGAAUACUUCUCCCCACAACCAAGAAGAGCUACCUUAACCCCGUCAUCUUCUAAUUCAGCUGCAACAACCAGUGUCCACGUCACUGCUUUAGACGGGCUAGUGAAUGUGAACUCACUUUUCACCAUUGCAGUCUUUGUGGGUCUUUCUUUAACCACACCUGGCCAGAAAAGUCUCGAGGACCGUACAGCUUGUGAUGCUGGCAUUGAAGUGGUCAGAAAAUUGUUGGUAUUUGAGGUUGUCUCAUUCAGCUUUUUUCUCUUCUCUUCACUUGUUGCACAGGGCCUUAAAUUGGCGAUUAAUCUCUUGAAUAGCAAAGAUGUUGAUGAGGCUUUUAAGGCUCACAUUAAUCCGAAAGUGCUGAGGCUUGGGAUGUUGGGCUCUGCUGUUGGAUCUGUAAUGGGAUGUUUGUUCUUGAUGCUUUCAAUGGUCAAUGUGAUUGAGAUUCGGCUUGGGUUGUUGUCUUGUGGAAGUAAAUCUGCAAUUCAUGCUGUCACUGCCUUGAUCAUUCUGGUCACCUCUGCUCUUGUGGUUUAUAUUUCUACUGCUGUAUAUGCAUUUCUGCACUGAAGAGUGAAGUGAAGCUUUUAUUAAUGUGAUCUUGAAUGUAGUGUUUGUUAGUUUUCUGUAUUUGAAUGUUAGUGCAACUUGUGAAGCUUACAAGGUGUGAGAUGAAUAUCUUACAUUCUUGGCUUUUGGUCAAUUUACAGGAAAUUCCAAUAUACAUGUGAUCUUUUAAAGUUUCGUGAUGAUUAGGUUUUUUAUUGGUUGAAGUUAUUAGUUCAAGUGAAAUCCAUAAUGGGAUGGAGGGUGGUCUUACAAUAAACUUCGUUUUCUUUUGGGUGUUUGUCAAAUAGGAUGUUGGAUAAUCAUUGAUCUUUUGGCGGAGUAAAGUGCAGCUGAGUCAUUUGUUUUGUCAAUCAUCUCUUUCCCUCUC